GGAGUUGUAGUUCUUUUGGUUCGAUAGGCGACGCCUGUAAAGGCUAUUAGUUGUAGACUGUUAGCGGUGAUUGCGCUUGAUCCCUGCCGCCGGCAUCAUGUCUCGUGUGUUGGUGCCCUGUCAUGUGAAAAGCACCGUAGCCCUGCAAGUGGGCGACAUGAGGACCUCCCAAGGUCGGCCUGGCGUGCUCGUCGUCGAUGUCACCUUUCCCAACGUCGCGCCUUUCGAGUUACAGGAGAUCACAUUUAAGAAUUACUACACAGCUUUCUUGAGCAUCCGUGUCCGUCACCAUACUACACUGCACACACCAUCCAAGUGGGUAACUUGUCUUCGGGACUACUGUUUGAUGCCUGACCCACACAGUGAAGAGGGAGCCCAGGAGUAUGUUUCACUGUUCAAGCACCAGAUGCUGUGUGACAUGACCAGAGUACUAGAGCUGCGGCUGAUUCUUCGGCAGCCGUCACCACUGUGGCUGUCUUUCACAGUGGAGGAACUACAGAUCUACCAGCAGGGACCAAAGAGCCCCUCCCUGACUUUCCCCAAGUGGCUUUCCCACCCAGUGUCCAAUGAGCAGCCUGCUCCCCGCCUUGAGGGUCUCCCAGACCCCAGCAGAGUAUCUUCCGAGGUGCAGCAGAUGUGGGCGCUGACAGAGAUGAUUCGGGCUAGUCAUACUUCCACAAGGAUUGGCCGCUUUGAUGUGGAUGGAUGCUAUGAUCUGAAUUUGCUCUCCUACACGUGAGCGGCAGCUUCUACUUGAGACAUUGGCCUUCCGUGCCCAUCCAGGCGUGGUUUGGCCACCAGAGGCUGAAGUGUGUUCCCUGUGCAUCCAAGUUCUAUCUGGGCCAAAGGAAUUCUUGACAUCCACCUAGUUGUUUUAGCAUGGAUUCUUAGUGGGACACUUUCUGUCUUUAUCUGUCUGACAUGCAAAUUCAGUCUCUUCCUCUCAAAAUUCACAGGUUCUACUUAGAAUCAUUGAGUUCCUCCUGCCUGUCCUGCCAGUCUGCACACCCCUGUCUUCUACUAUUUCCCCCCCAUUGUUGAGAUAAACCUGUUCCAGGUAGUUCAGGAAAGCCUGCUGUUUUGACAUUCAUGACCUGGGAAGGUUGAGGGAGAGAUGCCCCCUAUUCUUUCCUCUGCUUCUGCUAGUGGCCUUUUUCCUUUUGUAUUAUAUCCAUGGUUUACAAGGCUACAGUAAGACCCGGUCUUUGGGGGUUGGAGGAAGAAAAGAAAAAGAAAACGCCCUUCUUUAAAUUUGUCUGUUACCAGCCUAGGGGGCAAAGCUGGGAUUUGGAGAGCUUGAGUGCUUGAGUCUGAACUGGUUCCUGAAAUGGUUUCUCUGUCAGAUCUGGGCAGGUGCUUUGGGCACAGCUGGGACCUGAGAAUGAGACCUCCAAUCUGUUUGUCAUCAGAUUCCACAUGAAGCACAUCAAGGACCCUUCUCCCAGUUGCUUCUUACCAGUCAUUUUCAGGAUGAUGAAAGAUCAACCUUGGGGGUAGUGUGUCCAAGUGAAGGUUUCACUGAUGCCUUUGGGAGGCUGAGACCCUCUUUACCCCCGAGCAACCACUAGAUGAUGAAGGCUGCUUCAGUUUCCUUCUAGUUCUUCCUGAUGUUGUCCUUGGGCACUAUUAUAAAGUGGUGCUGCAAGGUGUCCUGGACCUGGAAAAUUGAGCAUUUGUAUGUGUAACAGUUUUUUGGAGAAAGUCUAGCCACCUUCGGUAGCUACCCUGUAUUUUUGCCAAUCGGCCGGCCUUCUGAAGGAAGUGUCUUCACUUGCAAGACCAUUGUUUAAGCCCAUUCAAUGAUCACCAUAGUCCUAUGCUCAAGGAACAAUGGUCUUCAGUAUGCAUGAGCAAGAGGAUUCUGGGGUGGCAGGGAUCAUGCAUAAUUCAUAGCUGUGUUCCUAAGCUCCAGCACUGGAGCUGGUGUGCAGCAAGAUAAAUAAAUACUUGUGGAAUAUG